AUGCCCAAACUUGCAAACAUUAAAAAACUACAGAAAGAAAGAGCUGAGGUAGCUUGUUCUGUGCUUACAAAUUAUGUUAACCUUGAUUCAAGUGAAGAGUAUGUUGAUUCCAGCGUUAAUUCUAAUGAAAGUUCAGAUAAGAAUUUUGAGCUAAAUGAUCAUAACCAAGUGAAUUCAAUCAUCGAAGAUGCUGAAGACUUUCAAAGUCAAGAAUAUCAGGAUGAGAAAAACUUAAAUAAAGAAUUGGGUGGAAACUUGAAUAAAGAAUUGGAUGAAGAAACAAAAAAAAUCCAUAACGCAAUUAAGUUCGUCGACAAUGUAAUGAGAGAAAAAACACUUUUCAAAACCGAAGAGGCACAUUACACAGCAGUAAUCUACUUUUAUAGAUUGCAUCUAAAAGGUCAAAAAAAAAUGGAUGCAGCUAAAGUAGUUUCCGAUAUGAUUGAUGGUAGGCCAUGGCUUGCUAAAUGUAUAAGAAAGUAUGCGAAUAUCUGCAUGAAGAAGGAAUUAAUCCAACCAGACCUUCGAGAAAGAUCCCUCUUAAAAAGCUUGCUUCAUGAGAAUUGUUGGCUUGAACGACUUAUGUCUAAGUGGGUUGACCCAGAAUGUAGGAUAAGAACCUACUCAGAUUUGGAAAGUAGUAAAAAGGAGCAUGUAUGGGUUUUGGGUGCAAAUCAAGAUGGUUAUUGGGAUUCCAAAAAACUUCUCGAGCAAGUUAGAAAGGCAGUUAACAUUUUUGAACAGACACACCUGAG